UGGGAUCUUUUUAUGAUGUUCUUCUACUCCUUUCUUUUCUCGGACGGACAUGAAGAAUACGAUGAGGAGAAGCCAAAGUUCAAGCCCAGCGCCCCCAAGAUCCCUGAUAGUGGAGAGAAAGUGGACUUUGACGACAUUCAGAAGAAACGUCAGAACAAAGAUCUGGUGGAGCUGCAGGGUCUCAUCGAUGCUCACUUUGAGCACAGGAAGAAGGAGGAGGAGGAGCUGAUCGCCCUGAAGGACAGGAUCGAGAAGCGUCGCGCUGAGCGGGCCGAGCAGCAGAGAGUCCGCUCUGAGAAGGACAAGGAGCGUCAGGCCAGACGAGAGGAGGAGAGGCGGAUGAGGGAGGAGACCGACCUCAAGAAGAAGCAAGAUGACGACGCAAAAAAGAAGUCGGCUCUGUCCAGCAUGGGCUCCAACUACAGCAGUCACCUGCAGAAAGCCGACCAGAAGAGAGGAGGAAAGAAAGAGACUGAGAGAGAGAAGAAGAAGAAGAUCCUGGCCGCUAGACGCAAGCAGCUCAACAUUGACCACCUGAGCGAAGACAAGCUGAAGGAUAAGAUCACUGAGCUGCAUGAAUGGAUGGUCCAGCUGGAGUCUGAGAAGUUCGACCACAUGGAAAGACUGAAGAGGCAGAAAUACGAGGUCACGACCCUGCGCAAGAGAGUGGAGGAGCUCAGUAAAUUCAGCAAGAAGGGAGCCGCCCGCCGCAGGAAGUAGACGCUGCGACCGACUCUGACGCGAGCCUGACCCUCCGGCCGCAGGUCGUAGCUCAGAAGAACAAGAAGAAGAAGAAGAAGCCAGUAACGCUGAGGUGGACUUCGACCCGCCCCGGGAAACUUCUGGCUGCUACUCGAUAGGAAAUAAAAACUAAAAAAAAGAAAAAGCUUGUUUCGCCAUCACGCUUCCUCGCUCCUCAGCUGUUGGUUCUCAGAAGUUUUGUAAAUAAAGUGUGACACUUGAAGCCAUGUCUGUAGAGCUGCUGUCAUUCACACCUCAAUAAAGUUCUGUGUGGUUUUGUUCAA